CUAGUAUUCAAUCGAAGGCAAUAUAGCGAAGUGGUUCUAAAAUCAUGCGAGGUCUUAUAGUAAUCGCUUUGAUUUGCUGCGCUUUGGCAGUGAUGUUGCACUCUGCAAAGGCUCAGGGCGGACCACAAUCGGCCCCAAUGCCUCAUCCAUCCGGUAAUAAAGGCAUAGAAGGUCGUUAUCGUCGUGAGGCACAAGGAGGUGGCGGUGGUGGUGGUAGCGCUGGUGCUGGUGGAGGUUUUGGAUUUGGAUUUAACAUGGGUGGAGGAGCUGGAGCCGGCGGACAAGCAGGGGGAGAAGGUGGCAAGUAAAAGAAACUCUGGGAGUAGAUAAAAUUGUAAAAUCUUUGAUUGAGAUAUUUGAAUUAAA